UGCAUGCAGAAGAUGAAAAUUCGUGGCCUCACUCGGAACAAUGUCGCUAGCCACCUCCAGAAAUACCGACUCAGCCUACAGAGAAACUGCAGAUUUCCAAAGGAAAUUCCGAACCAAAGGCCUUUCACGGAGACGAACCCUUCGGCUUCUUCAAACCCAUCGUAUCUACACGAUCAGAACAACGUCGUGCAUGGUUUCCUCGGCAGUCACGUCAUGAACUCCGCUCCUCCCGAGCUCUCUAACGGCUACAUCACUGCAAACAACAAUACGUUCAUGAUGAACAACCCUCAGCCUCUGCAACAACAUCCAUUCGUCGACCAUUCUGUAUACCCACCUCCACACCAUCUGCCUGAUUCCAAGUCGAUGGUUCGAGAAUUUGCAAACCCGAUGCUUGGCGGCGACUAUCCCGAGCUCAUCGAUACGAUGUUUGAAUACGGUUCCGAUAUUUUCCAAGAUGUCUUACCCUUGCAGUACCUUCGUUGAACACUGCAACACGAGCAGGGAAUCAUCUCGUCUUGUGUUUUUUGGAUUUGAAGAAACAUCUCUGAUCAUUUAUUUAUGUCCAUCUACGUAUCCAGAAGACUGGGAAGAACAUCAUAGCUGCAUUUGAUUUUGUAGACGUGAUGAUUUUCUGUUUGGCCAUGGGGCCUUUUUCUCGUAUCGCCAUUUUUGUUAGAUAUGGGAAGCUUCGGGCCGAAAAUAGUCCAUAUGAAGAUACGUAUGGAUUUGCUUGUG